AAAUACAUUUUUAAAUGUAGUUUAGUACAAGAGGUUUAACAUUUAUAUUGCAAAAUUGAGUGCACAGUAAACCUCCCUGUCUAUUCGCGGCUUGUUGCGGCUGGCAGCAGCACUCUAGCAAAUGGCAUCAGUGUUUGUUCCUUCUUUCCGUUAUCAAGAAACGACAGUUUAACACUUCCUGGUUUGCCAUCGUGGUAUUAUUUUAUACUUUGGAAGAAUCUUUGAGCAGCCUGAUUUGUAAGACUUACUGCGUAUUAUCCUGCACAUUAAUUACAAACAAUGCGACAAGCCAUACUAUUACACAGUGGUAAACUUCACUGAAUUCACCAGGCACAGACAAAAAACAUGGCUGGGAGACAGAAAGAUAAGGAACGUGUCUUUAAUAUAUCAGUUGUUGGCUUGUCUGGUACCGACAAGGAGAAGGGUUCGGUCGGCGUUGGCAAAUCAUGUUUGUGCAAUCGUUUCAUUCGGCCGCAAGCAGAUGACUACCAUAAGGAACAUAUCUGCGUGAUCAGUCAGAGCGAUUUUAGUGGACGUGUCGUGAACAACGAUCAUUUUCUAUAUUGGGGUGAGAGGAAAUUAACUUACGAAGGACAAACGUAUUCUUUUCGGAUUAUCGAACAGACAGAGUUCAUCGAUGAUUCCUCAUUCCAACCAUUUCGUGGGAACAAUACUGGGAAUUACUUGAAACGCUGUGUCAGCGUCAAGUUUGGUUCUCAGGAUAAGCUCAUGUACUCGUGUAAAGAUCAGUUGGGUGAUGAAGACAAUUAUCCAAAAUCAACAUUUACUAAUGGAAAAAUUACUAUAGAUGGAUUUUUAAUUGUAUAUGACUCUAGUCGAGUACGAGGACGUGAUGCUGAAAAACAAAUAGAUUUUUUAACUAGUCUAUAUAACCUGCUAAAAAAGACCAAUAAAGCAUUUGUGAUUGCUGUCACCAAAUGUGACGAAGCACAUGAGUACAAUAUGUCUGAAAUUGACAGGUUCAGUCAGAGACACAAAAUACAGCUUAUCGAGACAUCCGCCAAUGAGGCCGUGAAUGUAGACUUGGCGUUUGUGACACUCGUUCAAAUGAUCGACAAAUCAAGAGGAACCGGGAAACGAGUUGUAUAUCAUGAAGCCAAUAAACAGCGUAAACUUACCAUUGAUAAAGUGACGGAGUCAUUUAGUGCAAUCCUAAGAGACAAUAUUACGAACUACCACCUAAAAUGGAAUACGAUGAAACGCUUUGAACACGAUCAAGCUUAUGAGGAGUAUAUUUAUCACCUUGGUACCAAAGAAGCACGAAAGCUGUUUGAGAGGCACAUAAAAACAUUGAAAACUAACCAUCAACGUCGCAUGUUAUUACAAUAUGUGACAACGUUACCAAGUGUGUUUGAUGAUAUCCUACCGGACCUCGUCACCAUUGGCCAAAGAGGAUGGUCUGAGUGUAAGCAAGUGAUAAAGGAACAUGAACAUUUUGGGAAAUGGUUCAUCGUUCUAGAUGGUGAUUGGCAGGAGCAUCCGCACAUAAACCAGACCAUUGACACCAGGAUUCCUGCUAGUAUCUUCACAACCCAUGACUUGGAUUGUGAAUCUCAGUUUAAAAACCACCUCAACAAAUUGAGUGCAGCCAAGCGUAAAGAAAGAAUGCAGUCAGAUUUCCGCAAGCUUCUAGAAGCUUCAAAACAGGAGGUUAUGGCAGGAAAACUGUACAAAGAUGUCAUUAAACACUUCAACAAUGAGGAAAGCUUUCAAGAAUUAAGUAACGAUGAGUGUUUGGAAAUCUACAACAGCCACCAGGAGCAGAUUACGAGACAGGCAAAAGACGAUUUCAAGGAACUUCUAUUUGAGUCUGCAGAUUUUUUUGCGAAGUUUGAUGAUGUAAAACUUUCUCAUAACGAUCUUUUAGAUAUACAGGAUAAGUUGCAGUCAGAUGCAAGGUACACGGCUUUGGAGUUUUUGCACAACGACCGUCAUGCGCUACUUAUCAAGCACCUUGCCUUCAUUCAGCAUCCAACCCCUGAAACCUGCAUUAGUGGAGAAAGAUGUAUGGAUCUACUUAUAAAUGGACACAUAGCUAAUGCAGUUCACAGAACUUCAGCCCCUAGUUCAAUACAAUCUUGUGAUGACGAGUUUCAAAAGCUAAACAUCGUAAUCCUUGGACAGGAAGGUUUGGCAGAGGAGCUUCUUACUGUUAUAGAGUCUCAGUGUUGUGAUAGAGAGUACACGCUUGAUGGUAGAUUACACAACCUCCAACUUCGGGCUGUAGAGGGCGAUGUAUCUCAGAUACAAAAUGGUUUGAAAACAGAACAGUUCACACCAGCCGCUUGUAUAUGUACCUUCUCUGGAAGAGAAUCUUUCGAUUAUGUCAAGUCUAGUUUGGAGAAAACUAUCUUGAAUCAAGAGAGCGACAAAGAGCUUCGAAAGCUACCGGUAGUUUUCCUGUUUGCUCGUGGCGUGCUGGUUCAAGAUGAUGAGCACAACGAAAUCAAAGAAGAGGCACAGAUGAUGUCCACAAGGCUUUCCAGUACCAAGUUCGUCGACAUGCCGAAAGAUGACUCGAUGUUGAUGCGUGGUAACAAGUUUCAUGAGCAGCAAAUACAACAGGCCAUACGUGCAAUCCUUGGGUCAACGCAAACGCCGAAUCCACAUGAACAAACCAAUGGACAAUGUCUCAUGGAGACUUUAAAGAUUGGUCUGUGUAUCAUGUGUGGAGAUGAGUACUCAGUGGAGCACGUCCUAAGUCCGUUUGUAAAGAACGACCUCUGUUACCGUAACCCAAACACUGAUGGCGUAUUCAAUGUCAUAACCUACAUUGACGACAAAAAAGCUAAGGUUGAGAUCCGUGCUUCUUCAUAUCAUGGCGCCGCCAAAUAUGCAAGCCAGUGCCAUGGUCUGAUCUUGUUCUAUUCUCCAAAGCGAAAAGGCUCAUUUGAGACAAUGAAGAACUUUGCAGUGAAGUAUGACUUUUUGGAAACCAAAAUCGUCGCUGUGUGUGAUACUGACAAAGUGGUAAAGCACUUUGAGCUCACAAAAAGCGGCGAAGAAUUUGCCCAAAGAAUAGAUGCAGGCUUUACAAUCACAGGUGCCGACUUUGACGUGCAAACGGAAGCAUUCAGCCCGUUCUUCCAAGAAGUAAUGCUGCGUAAGAAUGACACGGAUGACUCCGAGUCGGAAUCGGAACAUGAUCUGGAUUAUAUUAACACAAGACCACCAUUGCCAACACCUGGCAGUAUUAAUUAUCAGCAAGAUGGAAGAAAGAAUGCACCACCAACGGAUGAGAAUUCUAGGAGCACACAACAAGAAAUAAACACUCAGGAUGCCGUUGAAAAUGAAAAUCAUGAGAAGGAUCUUGAGGAGGAUGAUACAAAUAAGUCCCAUUCUGAGUUUAUGGCGAAACUUAAGAUGUGGGAAGCAGAUCGAUUUUCAGAUAUAGAAAACUCAUCUCCAACCGUACAUAAACCGUCAAGCAUUCCAACCAGUACCCCAGAAAAUUUAUAUGCUACAGUCACCAAGCCUAAAAAACUUUGGUCACCCUUUUCUAGAAAUGAUCGAACUCCUGAACCAAUAUAUGAUGUUGUCAAUCCAACUGUUGAUGAUGACCCUGUUUGCUAUCCACCUCGUGAAUAUCACUCUGAGGAAAGAAUUUAUAGUGAAGUGCAAGAUGUCAACAUAUCUACGUCUGAAAAUCAACGAGAACAGCAAAAGCCGAAACCUAUUCCCCCUCCCGUCAAACCGCAACGUUUCUUUCCAGACAAAGACUAUAUUAGUGAAGAAAAUUCUGCAUAUGAAGGGUUGGAUACUUACCCCAGAGAUGAUGAUUACUUUGGCGAAUACAAGGAGGAGGAGAACCCUAUAUACAUUGCAGCAUCAAAGCUGCCGCCACCACCAGUAAAACCAAAACCAACAGACAGAACACGACAGAAAGCACAACCAAGGAAACUGGAUAUGGAAAAGUUCCAUGAUAUCGAACAAGUCGUGGGAAAUAAUCUUGUGGUAAGAACACCUCAGUCUCAGAGAGGGGCCCCCCACUCUCAUCCUAUUGCCACGCCCGAGGGGUACGCUGUUCCUCACGAUGUUCUUCACAUGCCUGUCCAUAUUUCCGCUGGUGCUAUCUACCAUGAGCCUGUGGAUGCUAUUCAGGGGUCAAAGGUUGGCUUAAAAUGCUUAAAAAAAUUAUUAAUCCCAACCAAACUUUUUCUACAUUGGAGAAUCCACCAAAAUUGUUCUAGCAGAAACAAACAAAACGUUAGUAUCUUCCUACUCCGUCCCACUCUACAAAGUCUAUUUCUUAUUCAGUUAUUGACCAAAAUUUAUAACUUAUUGAAAAUCAUUCGGAAACAAAAUAAAAAAUAUUGUUUUUAUUGCUAAGGAGAAAAAAAUACU